AUGUCUCCACCCCAAAGACCUCCAUUUUCCUCCCUCCCUCUCGACAGAAAUGGCCCACCAGGAAAUGCAUGGGGUCUCUAUGGACCAAACGAUGAACUUGGCGCGCUCAACAUGAUUACGCCCUCGACCGUUAAAUCCGCUGCCGAAGAGAUCCAAACUGGCGACCGCGUUUCGCUUGAUUGGCACCUGAACUUCCCAACUUUCCCCUCAUUCGGCCGUCCUGAAUUCGGGUGGAAGAUGAUUAACAGAUCCUGCCCUGAUGGUACUAAAAGGAUUGUGAAUGACGACGAACUGCAUAUUAAUACGCAGAGCUCGAGUCAGUGGGAUGGAUUCCGGCACUAUGGGUAUCAGAAAGCGGGAUUGUAUUACGGAGGCAGGAGUCAGAAGGACAUUGAAACAAGUCAGAUCAUUGGUAUCGAUCGGAUUGCCGCAAAGGGAGGAAUUACAGCCAGAGGUGUGGUUUUGGAUUACCCGGCGUAUUGUACAAAGAAUGAUAUCAAAAUGGAUGCGCUAUCCGCGCAGUCGAUUCCAGCAAGCCAUUUAAAGGCCAUGUUGAAGGACACCGGUGUGAAAACAAGGGACGGCGACAUUCUACUCUUGAGAACGGGGUUUACGGCCGCAUAUAUGAAGCUCGGGAUGCAGCAGCGCAAAGAUCUAGCGCUGAGACCGCCACAGUUUAUGGGCGUGGAGAGUACGAAAGAAGUCUUGCAAUGGAUCUGGGAAUCUGGGUUCUUGGCCGUGGCGUCAGAUGCCCCGAGUUUCGAAAUGAGCCCUUUGGUCGGGAAACAUAAUGAGCGGGGUGGGAUUUGGAAGGGCGAGAGUUGGGAGGAUGAGAUGCAGGGUGGUGGGCUUGUGCAUCAGUGGUGUUUGGCUGGUUGGGGCGUCAUGAUUGGCGAAAUGUGGGACCUUGAAGAUCUAACGACAAAAGCAAAGGAGCUGGACAGAUCAACUUGUUUCGUGUCCAGCGUCCCGCUGAAGGUUCCAGGCGGUGUUGCAAGCCCACCGAAUGCGGUUGCGAUAUUCUAG